AUGCCUCCCAGGAUACCCAUCCGAGUGGCGCUGCCACGCUUCGCCGCAAUCAACUGCUCGCCCUCCCUCCUCCUCCCGCACAUCCCCCAGCGCGGCAUCAAAUACGGCUGGUCGACCGCACCGCCGAGAUCCAAGCACAAGCGCUUCAACCAGCCCAGCGCCGGCCUCCCCGCGCUGACGACCGGCCCGGCCGCCGCCCUGAAACGCCGCGAGAACACGACGCCGCUGCGCACGGGCGUGCUGGCCAUCAAGAAGGGCAUGACGAGCAUCUUCCAGGGCAAGACGCGCGUGGUGUGCACUGUGCUGCAGAUGGAUCAGGUGCAGGUUAUUGCGAACAAGACGCGAGAGAAGCACGGUUACUGGGCGGUGCAGAUUGGCCUGGGGGCGAGGCAGGGGCGCAACGUAACAAGCCCGAUGCUGGGAUACUACGAGGCAAAGGGCAUUGCGCCCAAGGCCGAGCUGGCAGAGUUCAAGGUCCGCGAUCAGGAGGGGCUGCUUCCCGUGGGAGCGCAGUUGCUGCCAGACUGGUUCCAAUUAGGGCAGCAUGUCGAUGUGCGAGCUCGAUCGAGAGGAAUGGGCUUCGCCGGUGGUAUGAAGCGUCACGGAUUCGCCGGCCAGGAAGCCUCGCACGGUAACUCGAAGAACCACCGAACAAUCGGUUCAACAGGUCCCUCGCAGGGUGGCGGUAGCCGAGUCAUCCCCGGCAAGAAGAUGCCCGGCCGCAUGGGCAACGAGUUCCGAACGGUGCAGAACCUAAAGGUGCUCAAGGUAGACAAUGAGCUGGGCGUAGUGCUGGUCAGCGGGCCGAUCCCCGGGCCAAAGGGCCGCAUUGUGCGGCUGCAGGAUUCGAAGAAGAGAAAGGCCCCUGCGCUGCCGUACCGAGUCAAGGCGCUGGAGCAACUGGAUGAGAGACAGCCUGGCUUGCAGGAGAAGCUGGAGCAGGCGCGGUUGAGGCACUUGGAGAUGCAGGCUCAGCGCCAGGCACAUGUUGCGGAGGUGUAA